AUGGCCUUAUUGGAGAAGUUGCAUCGAAAGAUUGUUGAUAUGGGGCUUGUCCCGCGUAUAAUCGCCUUAUUGCCAGUUAUUUCCAUGCUAUGCGCCCUCUUUGGGUUCAUUUCUAUCGCUAUUCUGCCUAUGGAUGGACAGUACAGAAGAACGUACAUUUCUGAGAAUGCAUUAAUGCCUUCACAAGCGUACAGUUACUUUAGAGAAUCCGAAUGGAACAUUUUGAGGGGCUAUCGCUCUCAAAUUAAAGAAAUGGUAAACAUGACUUCUAUGGAGAGAAACAAUUUGAUGGGUUCCUGGUUGCAAGAAUUCGGUACCAAGACUGCUAUCUAUGAAAAUGAACAAUAUGGAGAAACUUUGUACGGUGUAAUGCACGCUCCCAGGGGUGAUGGGACAGAAGCGAUGGUGCUUGCUGUUCCAUGGUUCAAUUCAGAUGAUGAAUUCAAUGUUGGUGGCGCAGCUUUGGGGGUGUCCUUAGCCAGAUUUUUCUCACGUUGGCCAGUAUGGUCUAAGAAUAUAAUCGUUGUGUUUAGCGAAAACCCCCGUGCAGCUUUAAGAUCAUGGGUUGAGGCAUACCAUACUUCUCUAGAUUUAACUGGUGGUUCCAUUGAAGCUGCCGUGGUGGUGGAUUAUUCAAGUACAGAAGACUUCUUUGAGUAUGUGGAAAUUUCCUACGAUGGUUUAAAUGGUGAGCUGCCCAAUUUAGAUCUUGUCAACAUUGCUAUAUCCAUUACAGAACAUGAAGGUAUGAAAGUUUCUUUGCACGGUCUACCCCAUGAUCAGUUGACUAAUAAUAAUUUCUGGUCGAGAUUGAAGAUACUAUGCCUAGGAAUAAGGGAUUGGGCGUUAUCGGGUGUUAAGAAUCCUCAUGGUAACGAGGCAUUCAGCGGUUGGAGAAUUCAAUCUGUAACCUUGAAAGCACACGGAAACAGCGGUCAUGAUAUUACUACAUUUGGACGUAUACCGGAGGCAAUGUUUCGUUCCAUUAAUAAUCUUUUGGAGAAAUUCCACCAAUCGUUUUUCUUUUAUCUGUUAUUAGCACCACGCCAGUUCGUAUCCAUUAGUAGUUAUUUACCAAGUGCUGUGGCUUUAUCAGUAGCAUUCGCUGUAAGUUCAUUAAAUGCAUUUAUAAACAAUUCCUAUGCAAGUAUAUCCUUAUUUUCCGAGUAUAAUUUGGUGGCGUUGUUGGUUUGGUUCGUAUCGUUGGUUAUAUCAUUUAUUGUUUCACAAGCGUUUCUUUUAAUACCUUCAUCAGGAUUAUUGAUGAUAAUUAGCAUGGCAUCUUGCUUCCUACCUUUAAUAUUCUCCAAAAAAGUUCACAUAUCAGAACCACUAUCAUAUAGAUUGAAAAAUGUUGCAUUUUUAUAUUUCAGUUUGGUUUCAACAUCUCUGCUGAUGAUAAACUUUGCCAUGGCUUUACUGAUCGGCACAUUGGCAUUUCCUAUGACAUUUGUGAAGACUACUGUUGAAAGUUCUAGCGAACACGAAGUGGCAGCUCAGCUCUCUAUCCCAAUAAAAACUGAGCCUAAGGAUGAGAUAGAGCUCAUCGAUAGUCAUGAAGAUACAAUGCCGGCAAAGCCUCAACAACAAAGACAAAAACUAAAGAACUUACUACUAUUGCUGUUAACAAACCCAUUUAUUUCAAUAACCCUAUUCGGACUUUUUUUUGAUGAUGAAUUCAACGGAUUUGAUGUAAUAAACAAAUUAGUUUCAGCAUGGUUAGACUUGAAAUGUUGGAGUUGGUUUGUCCUUUGUAUAGGUUGGCUGCCAUGUUGGCUAUUGAUAUUAGCGUCAUCUUUUGAUUCUAAACCUGUUGUAGUAAAGUCAAAAGAAAAGCAAAGUUAG